GAAAAAAUAUAUUCUUUUUAAACGGACAAAAAAGGAAAGUAAGACAAACAUUUUGAAACAGAGGGAGUAUUUACUUUUAAGAAAUGUGAUUAAUAUUUAUAUCCAAUAAUAGAAGAAAUAUAAUGGUUAUUUAUGACAAAUAGUAUCAUGCAUGAAAGAUACAACUGGACACGAGAGUUGAAAAAUAAAAAUUUAAAAUAAAUAAAUAAAUUGGCAGAGGUAUAGUUUUGGAUGGCUGAUUCAAAUUUCAAAACCCCAUAAAAUUUUCCUACGUUUUGAAAGUCAAUAAGAGUACGUGCAAGUAGCCAAAACGUAAUAUACCCAAAACAUUUUCAAAAACUAAUAGAGCAAAUUAAACAAACAUAAGAAAUGGUCUUGGCCAUGUACCCAUUCAAUUCAAACAUUGAAUAACUUGCUAUUAUUACGGUAUUACCUAUUGUUUUCAGUCAAAUCAUAAUACUAUUUCAAUAAUUGUCAACUAGUGUCCCUCUAUAUAUAUAUCCCAUGUCCUGUCUUCUUUACCAUAACAAUCAUAAUAAUCUAAACUCAACGUUUGGUUUCUCCUCUUCCUAUUCCAAUCAUAGAUAUCAUCAGUUAAUUAACAUCCCGUUGAAGAACAAAAAAAGAUGGCAAUCAUUCUCCAAUCUUCAAGUUUCUUGAUUUCAUGUAAUUCUGUUCCCUCAACAUCAUCUUGCAGUUGUAGAAGAGGAUUGAUUAGAGCGAGUAUUAAUAUUCCAAAUAAUCAGAAACUUAAAAUCUCCCUUCCAAAGAUUCAAAGACGAGCGAGACCAGGGCAGCAACAAGAGUUGAUUAGUGGGUGUUCAACCAUAAGCACCAGCAGCAGCAGCCCAAUUGAGAAACAAUUUAGCCCUUCAAGAAGAAGUGAUCCUUUGAUUAUCGAGAAGCUUUACGCGAUCAAGGAGGCAAUUGCAGAUAGAGUGGAGAUGCAUAGAAAUAUAGGAGAGCAGAGAAGCCAGUGGAACAAUAUGCUUUUGACAUCAAUUAAUGGCAUAACUCUAGCUGCUGCUACAAUGGUUGGAAUUGCAGCUAGCAGUGGUGAUCCUAUUUUGGGACUAAAAAUGUCAUCCACUUUGAUGUAUUUGGCUGCUACUGCCAUGUUGGUGACCAUGAACCAAAUUCAACCAUCCCAACUUGCUGAAGAACAAAGAAAUGCAACAAGGCUUUUUCAAGAUCUCCAUAACCAAAUAGAAACAACUUUAUCAAUGGGUCAUCCUUCUGCUAUUGAUGUCAAAGCAGCUAUGGACAAAGUAUUGGCUCUUGACAAGGCAUACCCCCUUCCUCUUCUUGGUGUAAUGCUAGAGAAAUUUCCAUCUACUGUUGAGCCAGCUGUUUGGUGGCCUCAACAACGUCGAAGACAGCCCAAAAGGGCCACUGACAAUGGAAACGAUUGGAAUGGAUGGAACGGUAAAUUGGAAGAGGAAAUGAAAGAAAUAAUGGGAGUGUUAGGAAAAAAAGACCAAGAAGAAUAUAUUAGACUGGGGGAAAAGGCCUUAAAAAUGAACAAGUUUUUAGCCAUAUCUGGUCCUUGGCUCACAGGCCUAGCAGCAGUUGGCUCAGCAUUGGCAGGUCAUUCUACUCAUGGAUCUUGGGCAGCCAUGCUUGGAAUUGUUGGUGGCGCUUUGGCAACUGUAGUUAAUACAGUAGAGCAUGGGGGACAAGUUGGAAUGGUAUUCGAGAUGUAUAGGAGCAAUGCUGGUUUCUUCCAGUACAUGCAAGAAUCUAUUGAAUCUAACUUGACAGAAACAGAAAUGGAUAGAAGAGAAAAUGGUGAGGUGUUUGAAAUGAAGUUGGCACUGAAGUUAGGAAGGAGCUUAUCAGACCUGAGAGAUCUUGCUGCUUCUUCUUCAUGUAAAGCAGAAGAUUUAGAUGAGUUUGCGAGCAAGCUUUUUUAGAGUAGUUAUUCACAUCGAGAAAAUGCAGUACAUAUCAUUGUUUAUGCGAGUAGGACUAACUCAUUCUUUUAUUCAAUUGUAACUGCUUAUAAGGCCAAGUACUUGCAAGUUGCAAAUUUCAACUUGCUUGAUUCAUAUUUAUGUUUUGACUCUACUGGGAAUGAAAUAUUUCAAUAUUUCUUGCCUUUAAUCUAGCUAAUUAUCUCUUAUUGUCACUCGAUAAACUGUUGCACCUGUGAACUUUGAUAUUGCCGUUUACUAUGAAUUACAGCCCACUGCAGUAUUUGUUGCCACUCCCUUGCAUACUUUUGAACUCCCUGCCACUGAAUUAGGAUCUUGUUCCAGAAGAUGCUUGAAGACAACUCACACUUGAAAAAAAAAAAAAAAAAGUGAAGUGCUCUCAACUUCAA